UCCCCUCCUCCGGAGCUCAGCGCGAGCACGCCGCCGGCAACUGCACGCACGCUGGUCACCACGCCCCCGAGUCCCCAACCUCCGCGCUGCCCAGCAAUCCCGGCCGCCGCCGCUCCAACUCACUCCUCCCGGUGAACCCUCCUUCCCGCGUCCUCCAUGGAUCCCGACGAGCACCUUCCCUUCAAGUCGGGUCCCUGUAGGACAUGAGCAAGCUCGCCGCCGCCAACCGCCCCUGCCCCUGCUCCCUCGCUUGGCCGCGCCUUCUCUCCCCGCUCAAAUCACUGCCGCUCCACCACCUUGCGUUCGCCGCCGAUCGACCAUUAUCAUCGCUCUCAGCCUAGGGGACUCCUCACGCCGACGCCGACCGGUCCUCCUCUCGACAACAGCAGGGGCUCCGGUCUCCCAUCUGCACAGGCUACCUCCCAAAAACGACAAACCAGAAAGAGAAGCGGUGUAGCGCUCCGCGCGAAACAGACGGUCGACCGCAAGGGAGGGUUUUCGCGAUCCAACGGCCGUAACCCCACCGCCGCACCGCUACACACACCACACGGCUACACAGCAGGCAACUCCCUCCGCAAAUCCUCUCCCUCGUCUUGCGCCGCCGCCAUUUUCUUCUAGGUUCGGGCGGUGAACUGGGGAGUGUUCGCCUUAGAUGGCAGGGACGCUCGCGGGAGCUGGGAUCGUGUGGCAGACGCCGGCCAACCCGCCAGAGGCGCAAGACUACAUCUUCCACAACGGUCGGCGCUACGUGAGGCCCUAUUACUUCGAGUUCAUAUCCCAUGUGAAGAACAGAUGGGCUGGAAAGACCAUUGUAGACCUCUUCACAGAAGAAUUCAAGGGGCGCCCCCGUGAAUACUAUGCUCAUGCAGUGAAGUGCGGGAGGCUUCAGGUGGAUGAGCAAAUGGUUCAUGCGGACUAUAUUGUGAAAUCAUCACAAAAGAUAAGCCAUUUCUUGCACAGGCAUGAGCCACCAGUCUUGGGUGGCAAUAUUGUAAUCCUUCAGAAUGAAGUUGAUGUCGUAACUGUUUGCAAACCGGCAUCUGUUCCAGUUCAUCCUUGUGGACAGUAUCGUAAAAACACUGUAGUAGGCAUUAUGCAGGCUGAGCAUGGAUUGUCACCCCUAUUUCCAGUGCAUCGGUUAGACCGGCUAGUUUCAGGUCUCCUUAUAUUUGCUAAAAGUGCUGAUCGAGCAGAAUCUUUCAGGCAACAGAUUGAAGCUAAUCUGCUACAAAAAGAAUAUGUAGCCAAAGUUGUUGGUGUCUUUCCUGACGGCGAGCGAACUGUUGAUGCUAAUGUAAACUUCAAUGCACGGGAAGGAAGGAGCACUGUGGAGGUUUGUGAUGGUUCUGGUAAGGCCCUUCCAAGUGGAAAACAAGCAUGUACUAAGUUUCAGAGGAUUUGUACUGAUGGGAACCACAGCAUUGUCUUGUGCAAACCUGUGACUGGCCGAACUCACCAGAUAAGGGUACAUCUAAAACACAUUGGUUACCCAAUAGCCAACGAUGAGCUGUAUCUUUCGGGGAAUUUUUGUCCGCGUUCAUCAAAGGGAACAAGUAUAAACAGGGCAACCUCACUAGCAUGCUCAUCGUUAUCAUCAGAUCCUGAUUGUGUUGCUGAAGCUGAUCUGGAAUUUGAUAUUGAUGCAAUGUGCACGAAUUGCCCAAAUCUUGCUCCUGUCGGUUAUGACGGAGAUGAGGAAGGUUUAUGGCUGCAUUGUGUGAGAUAUACUGGUCCUGAUUGGAGCUUCGAAUGCCCAUAUCCUGACUGGACCUCCCUUGAUAAUGUCUCGAGGAAGAAAAUGAAGUCCUGAUGUAACCUUUGCUCAUUCGUGGACCAGCUAAAGAUAAAGUGAAGAAAGCAAACGAGGCCCUGAUUGUAUUGUAGCCCACCAGGUAGUAUGGCUGAAAUAUUGAGAUGCUUAUGAUGCUAGUGCUAUUAUAUUGUCAUUAAUAGGUGGAGCUAAUUUUACAAUGUGCGUAGCUAAUAUUUCUAUGAAAGGCAUGUAAACCUUUUCUAUAAAAAAUGAUCUUUUACAAAAUUAUAUUGGGAUGAAAACUAUAUUCCUAAGAUCAAUAUAACUAUUUUGGUUUA